AUGCACCGGUGUGGAGUGCCAGUGUGGUGGGUGCGCCCUUUGCACACCCUCACGACACGGACGACCAUUAUUCGUGUUCAUGAGCCGAUCUUGCCGAUCAUCCAUUUCAGCUCGGAGACGGUGAUGUCUCAUCGUGGUCGCCAGUUGGUUGCACCGGACUUCAUUGAGGCCAAGAUUCUCGAUGAAAGUUUACAGGGUUUCGGGGACAUGCUUCGCCGAUACAGCCUCACAGGCAAGCCAACCGUUCGACGCGCCGUUCCUGUUCUUGAGGUCGAUCGUCAAGGACUAGAGGAUCACAUGAUAGAAGAAGAUACGGAGGCUGGGAUGGCUGAGAUCCAGCGAGAUGACCAUGUGGCCGGGGGCUCUCCAAGUGACUCCCGAAAGAAGAGAAAGGGCCCCCGAAAAGGGCACCGGCGAGCCCCUCAAGCCACACGUCCGCCGGGCAACCGCCCGCAUUGGAUGUGUGAAGUAGCGAGUCCAUGGAACGUCAUUCUGGACGCGGCACCCGCACUGGCCAAACCGGAUUCGAAGCGAGCCCUCACGUACAUACUCCCUCCCUUGCAUCUGUUCUUUGCCGAAGGCGACGCGCAUGCCCAGAAGGUCCAGAACUGGCUGCGCAUACGGGAAUGGUGCCUGUUUAAGGCUUAUGCCAAUGUGGACCAGGCACCAGUGUUGAUGACAGCCGCGCAAUGGCGUAUUGCGCUGGAGGGACGGUACUUUGCCGUACAUUAUCCUAAGGAUGCGGCGAUUCAACCCCAAUCAUCUCGCGAGGAUAUCGCAUGUUUGCAUGAAGCCCCGGAGGGUACCACCAGUCUGGGGAAGCGCGGGCGGGCAGAUGCGCGGUCGGGCGACGGGGCGCAAUUGAACACGACGGAUAGGCGUCGGCUCCGGCGACUUAUGGAGCGGGUGGACAUACACGUUCGAUUCGGCGUGCAUGGUGAAUUUAGCCCAUAUGUGCCUGACGACACCCCUCUGCCCAAGUGGGAGAAGAAGCCCAUCGAUUUCCAUCAGGCCUUGGUGGACAAACGCCUGUGGGCGACAUUGACAUGGGAGAUAUCAGUCACGAUGUUCCGCCUCGAGCUAUUGGCACUCGACCAGGAGGUGGUACCAGACUUGUACAAUCUGGCCAAGACCAAGCUCCGUCGUCCGCGCCACUUCGACAUCAUGAGCAUAUGGAACGACGAGUGCAGAGUGUGGGAAGAACCAGGGAAGGAUUCCCAGGACUGGCUUACCUCGCCAGAGUGGAGAGUGCGGCGGGCAGCCAUCGGUCGAAUGCUGUUCGCGCUAGAGGCUUGGCCGAUUGAGGAGCCCCGUCUCCCACGGUGGGAUGAGCGCAAAGAGCGGCAGGACAUGUUUGCAGAACUUGAGAAGGAGGUAGUAUUGUACUACUGCCGACGUUUCUAUUCCCUUCGAGGGUGA